GGCGCGCGGAGCGGUGCAUGUCGGGACGUGUAAUUUCCCCCGCGGCAUUGUGGGAGUCGUGGUUUGCGUGCCCGCCGGACGCCGGAUCUUCGGCCGCUUCGAACUCCCAGCGAGACCUGACCACCUUCCAGCUCCGGCUCCUCAUGUGCUUGUCCGAGUGGCCCUCCGUGGAGUGGGAGUGAAUUCACAGUUCGUCCAGCAUGAACUGGAAAGUUCUUGAACACGUUCCCUUGCUGCUGUAUAUCUUGGCAGCAAAGACAUUGAUUCUCUGCCUGGCGUUUGCUGGAGCCAAAAUGUACCAAAGGAAACGGUUGGCAGCACAGCGGCACAAACUGGAAGCUGAAAAGAAGCAGCAGUCAGAGAAGAAAGAGGACUAAAGAGAAGCCAGAGACAGUCAUCAUUCUGUGUGUGACACAAGCAGAGGAAGGAAAGAUGAGAUGUGAGACCAUCAACACUUCUUCGUCCCACAAACGUCACCAGAGGCCGGUCAGUGGCGCAGGAUUUUGCACUUUAAAUGUCAGCUUGAGUGGACUCCAGCCGAGAAGAUGACUUAAUGACUGAAUUGUGUGUCAGAGGAUAAGUUUCCAACCUAUAGCUUUAACUUAAAAAUAAUGUGAAUUUUUACAUGCUUUUAGAAGAACCAGUAUUUUCUUUAGUAAAAUAAAAUGCCUUUGUAAAAA